AUGCCCGGCAAUACGCAAGUUUACCAAGUGGCCCAGCACCCCGGCUCAUCACGGGCGGAGAUCGAGAAUGAACCGGACUGGGAGCUUCAUUCUCGUGAACACCGGCUGGGUUAUCGUAACGCCAGCGGCAGAUAUGCAGGGAUAACCCACAUUGGCGAUGAACUGGCGGAAAACCCUGAGGAGGUUCGGGAGGCUCGCGAGCAGAUCGGCGACCUAAAACGAGAAAUCGAGAAGGGGAAGCUUGUCAAUUUUCGUGAUCUGAUCGAGGACCAGAAAAAUAGGGAGGCAUUCCAUCUUCGGCAUCCCGAGAAACGACCUUUCGGAUGGCGAUAUGUGCCCGAAUAUACUGAGGAAUGGGUUAAAUUGGGCCAGGAGUGGCCGACGAAUGUUCGUCGGCGGCAGAAAGAAGAAGAAAGUCAGAGGGAAGAGCAACAGAAGACGGAGCAGGAGGGGAGAAAGGACGACGAGGACAAACAAGUGAAUCAGGAAGAGCAGCAUGACGAAGGUAAAAAUGAAGAAAAAGAUACCCAGAAAGCAACGCCAGAGCAGGAGACUGAAAAGUCAGUGGCCGAUGGGGACGAAAGCGAAGAGAAAUCCGAAAACGAACUUAGCCUAGAGGAGAUCUCACUCCUCCGAGCACAGAAUAAUGGGCAAGGAAGAUCAUCAGCGCCCGAGAACCCGUAUAUCACCAUUGACGAAGCAGAUCAGUUUACCGCGGAUAACUGGGUGCCUCGAUCUCCUGACCUCGUCCGGCUGACUGGAAAGCUGCCACUGAACGCCGAGCCGCAACUGUCAAAGCUCUUUAACGCCGGUCUCGUAACCCCAAAUGAGCUGCAUUAUGUGCGGAACCACGGCCCAGUCCCAAAAUUGGUCUGGGAAUUUCAUGAAAUAGACAUAGAAGGCGGCCGGGUGAAGCUUGGCAUGGAUGAGUUGACGAAGAACUUCAAAGCUAUCAAUAUCCCCAUCCUUCUGGCCUGUGAUAACACUCGGCGGAAAGAAUUGAAUAUGAUCAAGCGUACAACAGGGUUCAACUGGGGCCCUGGGGGGGUGAGCUGUGCCUACUGGAAAGGCCCACUGCUCCGGGAUGUUCUCCUUGCUGCUGGGGUGCCCGAGCGAAUGCCUGACCAGGAUAAUCAACGGUAUUGGAUUCAUUUUGAAGGAGCCGAUGAGCCAAACGAAGCAAAAUAUGCUACAUCCAUUCCAUUCGACCAUGUCAUGGACCCUAGAAAUGAUGUGAUUCUUGCAUAUGAAAUGAAUGACCGUCCCCUGCCACCUGACCAUGGGUAUCCAGUCCGCGUUAUGAUCCCAGGUUAUGUAGGAGGACGCUGUGUGAAAUGGCUGAGCAAGAUCUGGACCAGUAAUAAAGAAAACAACUCAUACUAUCAUCUCCACGACAACCGGAUGUUGCCUAGUUCUGUCACUGAUACAGAAAGCCAACUCGCCAAGUUGUUUUUCACUCACCCGGAUACUGCCUGCUAUGAACAGACUCUUAACUCAGUUAUUGCUAGGCCCGCUCAAGGGGAGAAGAUCUCAGUAAGUAAUGCUCGGAAAGGGAAGACGUACCGCAUUGCAGGAUUCGCCUACAGCGGCAGUGGCCAUCCGGUCCGUCGAGUUGAGAUAUCUCUAAAUAAUGGUAAGAGCUGGCUCUACUGCAUCCGCGAAUUCCCUGACCGUCCUAUACGUCACGGUAAUAAAUUCUGGGCUUGGGUACAUUGGCACGUUGAUGUCGAAAUCCUCCAGCUAGCACAAGCGGAGAGCAUCACCGUUGCAUGCGUCGAUGGGGCGCAUAAUACACAGCCGGAGCAGCCGCGGUGGAAUAUUUCAGGAACUUUGAAUAGCUGCCGCUAUGUGGUAAAGCCGGAAUUGAUUUAUGAUGACGGCGAUAAUCAAUCAGGCGCAGCAUCCGUUCUUUUCCGUCACCCUGUGGAGCCAGGUACAGGGGAAGGGGGCUGGAUGAAGCCCAGUGUUGAUGUGCAGGUACAGGCAGCCAAACAGAGCGCGGCUGCCCCGCAAAAGCAGUUUACGCGCGAGGAAAUUGAGAAGCACCACAGUGAAGAUGAUUGCUGGAUCGUCGUAGACGGCAAAGUUUAUGACGCAACGGGGGUUUUGUCCUGGCAUCCAGGCGGGAAAGCACCCAUCCUUGCACAUGCAGGCAAAGUUCAUUAUGAGACCAGUGAAGAGUAUGCAAGCAUACAUGAUGACUACGCUGCAGAGAAGCUCCAAGUGACUAAUAUAACUAUAGAGUGCAUUCUGGGCGUGGUGACAGAAAAGGCGAUGAAGUACAUCGAGAAGAAUGCAGAGCAAGCCAAGAAGGAAAAACAGCAAACUGCGCAGCCCAAUGAUCAGGCAUUGCAGAGACAUCGGUGGGUCCCUGUCAAAUUGCUCGACCGCAAGGCCAUCAGCAGAGACACCCGCGAAUAUACGUUUAAGUUGCCCGAGGGGAAACCUACUCUAGGCAUUGGUGCUUGCCAGCACAUCGAAGUAGCCUUUCACAUGAAGGACCGAAUGCUCAUACGACCGUAUACGCCAACUCAGCCGCUUCUCCCUCUCGCAUCUCAAGUUCGAGACGGCAAGGGGGCUUUCACAUUGACCAUCAAGACUUAUUUCCCCAAUGAUGACCAACCAGGAGGUGCGAUGUCGAACGUUUUAGACUGUCUACCGUUGGGAGAAGAGGUUGACAUCCGAGGUCCGACGGGGGAUCUUGUUUAUGAAGGAUACGGCAACUUCACCAUCGCAGGAGAGAAGAAAAAAUUCAAACGGGUAUCGCUAGUGAUUGGAGGCAGUGGCAUCACCCCUGCAUAUGCCCUGAUAGCCCGUAUACUUCUCACAGACGGAGACAAGACCAAGAUUCGCGUCAUCGAUGCGAACAAGACAACAAGCGAUAUUCUCUUACACGACCAACUGGAUAAAUUCGUAAAAGACAGUGCCAGCCAGCUGGAGAUAGCUCACGUUAUCACGAAACCAGACGAAAAUUGGCAUGGACUUUCAGGACACGUCAACGAGAGUAUCCUUCGGAAACACAUGUUUGAACCUUCUGAUGAAAAUGUGGCCAUUCUGUGCGGUCCCCCAACGAUGAUUGAAAAGGCAGUGUUGCCUGCCCUUGAUGAUUGGGGAUAUGUGCGCGACGAGAAUGUGUUUGGCCUCUGA